GCCAUUGAGCACGGCUCUUGCCCUCAGCUAGCAUUGCUGCUACUUCUAUCGUCUAAUCUGUGACUGGUCAAACAAACUUGCGAGCAUGGGUACUUCAACUCCAGCGCCUCAGGCCGAACCCAUCUUCCCCUCAAUGACCGCAGAGGAAGAGGACCAUGUAAUUCUGACACGACUGCACAAUGACGAGCGGAUACUCCGGACCCUCAUAAAGACCCUCCACGCCUACCUCGCCUUAGCCGCCGAGUCCCCCACACCAAAUACCGCAUCCCAACUGGAGGAUGCGCGUGACGCGUUCCUCAUCAAGCUCGAGUCUUUCGAAUUGACGCUGCAGAAGAUGGGGCUGGUAUGUGUAACGGAGGACCGCCAGGUCAGCGAAUACCAGCGUGAGAGGGAAGCGAUCGACAACGAGCACCAAAAGCUACAUACCCAAAUUGAAGAACUGAAGGGCGCGCUGGAGCGUGCGCAGGUCAGCCGACGGCAAAAGAUGGAAUACGACGCGAUCGCGGAGAAGGUGAACACGCUCCCAAGCAGAGAUGAGCUCGAAGGCUCGAUCGAAAAGCUCGAAAGCGACAUGGCCGCUAUACGCGAGGAGCAGUCGUCACAAGACCGCGUGCUACAAACCCAGCGCACCGGCCUCGACGCGAUUGUCGCGGAAAUCGAGGCAUUACGACGCGCAGCCUCGGACGAGGAUCCAAGCGGUACACCCGCGGAGGACGCGGAAGACUCACAAGCCACUAUUCUGACUGUCACCGCCGAUGAGGAGGAUGGCGCAGAAGACGGCGCGAUCGAGGAAGAGGGAGCAAUUGCUGAGGAGGGUGCCAUCGCCGAAGAGGGCGCUAUCAGCGAGCCUGAUGCAAUACGAGAGAGCGCGCUGCCCGCAAUACGGGAGACCGCGCGCCCCGCUGCGCCGCCGCUGCAAACGGACAUCGAGAUGGGGGAGGUAGAAGAAAAGAAGGACGAGCGUGAAGAGGGCGAGGCGUCGGAUAUGGGAAGUCCUCUAACAGACUUGCAAUCUAGUCCAUGAAGCUGCACCUCCGUGUCUCUUCUGCACCGUGUCUCUGCAUGUCGGGUGCACUCGCCCUGUUUUUGCCAUCCGACUGUGUCAAGCAAGGUGGAAGACCUGACCACUUUCGCCAUAUUCUUAGUUGCAUUCACCCACAACUCGCACCAUCGUUCCUGCUUCAUCGACAUUCUCAAUUCGCCAAUUUCACCACGAACUCAUCCAGAUCUCUCGCGCACUCGACCGGUUUCCCGAACUCGCCCUCCGCCAACCGUCCGAUGGCCUCCAUAAUGUUCCUCGCGCGCGCAUCCCUCCCACCAGAGUACCGCCGCGAGAAAUGAUUCAGCACCAGCCUUUUGGCGCCAAUUCGCUUCGCGAAAGCACCCGCCAUCUGCGGCGUCGAGUGCCCUCGGGACUUCGCGCGCUCCUCUACGCUCUCGUAGGUGUCGGCACGUUUGGUGCUGGGAU